UAUUCUUAGCUCUCUCUCUCUCUCUCUUAGAGGAUUAAUGGCCUCUGUAUCUGGAAACUCUAUCUCCCUUAACACGUUCGGGAAGACUUCCGUUGAACAUUCUAGAACUAAUCGAACAGGACCUUCGCUGUUUGUUCGGAUCUCCUUCUUCUCCUCCUCCUCCUCUUAUGGCAACGCGUCCAUCGCUCGACAUGGCCGUCCGUCCCCGCCUCAUGCUUCUCUUGCUGCUGAGGGACCGUCCUGCGUUUUCGUCGGUCCAAUCGAGACCGCCAGUCAAGAAACCCUCGAAGCCCUCUAUUGUCAGGCCCAGGAUGCAUAUUACAGUGGAAAUCCUUUAAUAGUUGAUGAUAUGUUUGAUCGAGUUGAGUUGAAACUGAGGUGGUAUGGCUCCAAACAUGUGAUCAAGUACCCUCGUUGCAGUCUUCGACGCCAGUCAGCAUAUGCUGAUGCUGAGGAAGACCCUUCACAGGUUUUUACAUUAGCAAGUGUGUGGCUGUUGUUUCUUGCUGUUGGCAGUUCAGCAUGCCUUGUGCCUGUUAUGUACACAAUUUUUCAAGCUUAUCAAAGUAUGUUUGAUCCGGGAUUCUCAUACAGCAGCCAUGCAUCAAUGCUAGGGUCUCGUGCUGUGUUGAUUCACAUUUUAUUCAUGGCACUUGGAUCGUUAAUUGGUUAUCCCAUUGCGUCGGCUUCUGUUGGAAUACUUAGAAGGCUUUGGAGAAAUGACUUGAUAGCUCUGAAAGGAGCUUGCCCAAGUUGCGGGGAAGAGGUGUUUGCAUUUGUUAAAUUCAGCCAAACCAACAAUUCUCCUCAUAGAGCCGCUUGUCAUGUGUGUGAAUCUUCGCUGGAAUACCUAGCCAAAGUUGAGCCAUCUGUUUCUACACUAGGUAGACGCUGGGUUUAUGGGCGUAUUUACUUCAUUCAACAGAGAGGGAAGAGUCAACAACGAAAUUGAAGUAAAUAAGUAAGUUGGUUCAAAGUUCAAAACAAAUUGUGCAUAUGUUUUUUCUUACAUUUCAGCUGAUUGCUUGCUUCAAGCCCUUAUGUUAGUAACCAAAGAACAAAAAAGAAUCAAAAUUUUGACAGAUAUCCCCCCAUUUCCAAAAAGUCUAGAUAUAAGUUAGUGUGUUCUUCUCCACCUGCAAGUCUUGUAAAAUGUAGUGCUUUGAAAGUGAGAAAAAAAUUCUUUUUUCUACUCCAUCUAGUGGUCUAAGGUUUGAUCAGUUGGAAGUAUUACUGUGCUUGAUCUUCACAACAAGAUCUGACUAUUUGUGCUAUGGACUUGACAAUGGAAAUAUAUGUGGUUCUGCUGCUAAACAUUUAUCAAUGAAUGUAGAAACUGGAAAUGUACUGUACACUUGCAUCACACUUUUGUUUGAGGAACUUGUUAAUCAUAGUUAUGCUCUUCAGAAAAUUUCUAAUAUAUAAUUGGAUAGUUGAAAUAAUGCUUUUGUUUAUACUUA